AGUUAAUAAUUAAUUACGAUGAAAGACGAAGAAUAUGAAUUUAUGGAAGACCCGCCUGAAAGUCCGAAGGGAUCAAAAUGUGCAGUAUUACCUGAUAAACCCACAAGUUCACCCAUUGGUAUUAGACCUAGGCCAUGUAGGCCUGGAAAUGUUGCUGCUCCAAGUGGUAAAUCAGAACCUAUCAAUAAAAAAAAACAAUGGGCACCUGGAGCUUGGCAAGAUGAUACACGAACAAGUGCAUUUCAACCUUAUAAGCCUCCAACAUUAUUAACAAAUUUACAAAGAGGAAAUACACAAACUGAAAUACUGUUACCUAAGGAUGGUAGCAAUGUUACUUUUUAUACUUUAGCUGGCCAGGGUGAGCUUACAGAAGACAAUAUUAAUUCAGGAUCAAUUGACAUUCCAGACGAAAAUGGCUUGACAGCACUCAUGUGGGCAGCUGGCUAUGGACAACUGAAUAGUGUGAGGCUAUUGUUAAAAGCUGGUGCAGAUAAAGAUUACAGAGGAUCUGAUGGCCAGUCUGCAUUGCAUUUUGCUGCAGCUUAUGGUCAUCAUGAUGUUGUGAAAAUGUUAUUAAAUCAUGGUGCUGAUCCUAAUGCAAGUGAAGACGAAGGGAAUACACCUUUAAUAUAUGGAGCUCAAGGUGAUCAUCCUCAUGUAUGUCAUGAGCUUUUAACAAGAGGAGCAAAUUUAACAGCUACAAAUGUCUAUGGACUUAGUGCAUAUAAAGCUGCAAUUCUUAAAAAUUCCACAACAGCAAAAGCAGUCAUUGACAAUUAUUUGUUACAAAAACUUGUAAAUGUAAUACCUGAAGAAUCACAACAAUAAAUACAAAUAAUGUAUAUAGUUCUAUUUUAAAGAUUGUUGAAUGUAAUUAAGUAAUUUUAUCACAUUAUAGAAAUAUUUGACUUGUUUUCAUAAACAAUUUGUUUUCAUCUCUAAAUAAUCUUCCAAUAAAUAUUAAUUAAUAAUAU